AUGAACGCGAAGAGAAAAAGUCGCGCUAACACCAACAGCACCGGAACCAGGUGAGAAUUGUCGAUAUUAUUAUGUAUUAGUAUUAGAAUUUUUAUCACACGGGGUAGGUAGUAUUUUAUUUUUUUUUUCCUAUCGCCUAAUCCCUUUACGAUUCACUCGUAUUAUUCGACAGACAUAAUGCAGAUGGCUAAUCUUUCGCCAGUUUUCCCGUCCCCGGAGAAAACUUCAUCGUACUUUUCGCGUUUCGUUAUUUCCCACCGAAUAUUAUUAAUAUUGGUGCUAAAUAAUACCUGAUAUUAUGACAGACAGUUCUGAAACAUCAAUUAUUAAUACCUAAUGAAGUAACGUGUAUGUGAAAUAUUAUUAUCACGAUAACGAUAAUCAACGCAGCCGCCAUUUUGUUGGGGAUUUUACGACUACCUAGGUACUUAAUAUCAUCUAGAUUCUAGCUAGUGGUUCAUUUACCUAUUUUAAUUACCUAUUAUGGGUAAAAAAAAAUAUUUACGUCUCGAUCGCUAACGUGCAAAUUCGAUAGGUAUGUAAGCGAUGACGCCUUAUUUUUCUUGUGUCCUAAAUUUGAAUUGCUCAUGUAUGAGAUAUUCCGUUUUUGGCGUCUGAAUAUUAUAAUAUCGCAUCUGCUCCAAAGUGCAAAGCAUUGCCGUAUCAACUUUUUUUUUAUGGCCUUCAUUUGUCUAUAAAAUGGCAUACAUGUACUUGACAGACCUUGAUACUUGUAGUAAUUUAUUCUAUGAACCGUUGGCAAAUCGCGAAGAAAACGGCAUAUUCUCACAUUUAAUAUUAAAACUUAUAAUUCAUUAUCUAUAAUUGUUUGAUUGUCAAUUUUAUAUGCGAGCAUUUUGGCAUUUGUUCAAAAAUUAGCCAUUAUGAUAAAUUAUUGCUCAUCUAUUGUGUGUAUUAUUUUAUUACAAGUUAUCCUUUGAUAAUGUAUAUGAUAUUGUAAUAUAAUUUUAAUGUUUCGUUUUAUAAUGAUAUUUUUAACUAUCUACAUUUAAUGAGCAUAAUUUAUUAAUUAGGUUUUAUCGAAGGUAUUUUUUUUUUUGCAAAACCCAGUUGUUUCCUUUAUAUUUAACCCAAAUCCAUAAAGAAAGUAUCAUUUUAAAACUUAGGUUCCCUGCUCCUAACCAAUUUUUAAUUCACAACUACUCAUUUUAUUUUCACAAUAUUUUUGGGCUGGAUUAUUCAAUGUGAUAAGAAUGUAACAAAAAGCUGUUGUUAGUAAAGUGUACAACUGUUCUUAUACAAUGUCCCAUUACCGCUAUACUUAAAGUUCUAUCAGUUAACUCACAGUUAGCGCUAACCAACACUUGACAGGACAUUGUAAAAACCAGAAUAGGUUCAUUUUUAUUGAUAUGAUUGCUGUUUGUUUUGAAAAUACUAAGUAUUUAUACUAGCCUUUUUGUUUAGUAUACAAUAGGUCUACAAAGUAUACAAAUACAUGUAUUGCCUUAUCCGUGAUUGUGUUAAAAAUAUAUCAAGUUUGUUAUUUAGUUUUAUUUAGUAGACAUUUUAACAAGAUAAUAUUAUUUAUCUGUUUAUUAUAUAUUUGAUUUAUAAAUUGUUUUCAAAACUUUCUAAUAUUGUUAUUAGAUGGUUAUUUAGUUAAUUUAGUUAGCUUGAUUAAAUUGUUACCUAUUAUUUUAUAGAGCUCCUCGAGCCAGAGCUUCGUCUUCAGGUGGAAAUGGUGUAAAUGCGCAAGUAUCCGGUGCUGAUGGAAUAUAUUUAAAUGAAACAUUUAUGCACCGUGUUACUAGUUUGAUUGGACUCGAAGUAGAAGUAAGAAUUUUAUAUUACUUGGAAGUUAAGCAAUAUUUUUAAUAUUAUUGUUGUUUUCAGAUAGUAACUCAUUCUAAAGAAAUGUACUCUGGUAUAUUGCGCACAUUUUCUAGUAAUUUUGAUGUUGUAUUAGAAUUACCACAUAGGACUGAUCCUCCCCCAUCAAGUCAAACUGUAGGUUUACAGAUUGUAGCUGACAAAAUGAUAUUUAAAUUUGACAGUAUAGUAAAAAUUGCUGCAUAUGAAACAGAUUUAGAUAGUAUGACUCGAAGUAAGUAAAAAUUAUUGAUAUACUAUUUAUUUAAUAUACCUAAGGUAAAAAUUAAAUAUAUAUUUAUUUUUAAAUUCAUAGAUACAUUCCAAACGGAUACCACUAUUAGUAAAUAUAAUGGUCAGCCAUUAGGUGAAAAAGUAUUAGAAAUGUGGGAGCCACCAUCUGUAAAUGGUGAUAUGGAUGACUUUGAUUUAGGUUCUGGAAAUACUAAUGCUGUAAGUAAGAUUUAUUUUUAGGUACAAGUACUGUGUAUACAUAAAUAAUAAUUUAUAUGUUUACUAGUUACUACCAAACACUUUCAAUAUAUUAUGGAUAGAAAUAUUUCUAUCAAAAUAAUUUGUGAAUUUUUAAAUAUAACUAUAUAUUUUGAAUUUUUUUAGGGUUAAAGAAUUUUCAAUUAUAUUUUUGACCUUGAUUUAAAAGAAUUCUAUUCUUAGUUUUUAUAAUGGAAAGUUUUGGUUAAAAUUUAUAUAUUUGUGCUCAUUAUGUAAUACAGAUCUAUGGUUUUAGUAUACCAUCUAUUUUAAUUACAAUUUUAGAAUGGCUGGGACGCAGAUGAUAUGUUCAGACGUAAUGAGGAAGAACAUGGUGUAACAUCUACUUUUGAUCAAAAUUUAAGUGGAUAUACAACAGAAUUACGGACAGAUUUAUCAAAUUUCAAGUAAUUAUCUUUUUAGUUAUUAAAUUUAUAUCAAUUAUAGUCAAUUAUUGAUUUUUAUUUGAAAUUGAGCUACUAGAUAGGUUAUCGAGGCUUAAUAAAUAAAACCGAUUGAAGAAUUUGUUUUAUUAAUAUUGUCAAAAAAAAAAAAAAAAAAUCUGUAUAUUUUUUUAGUGUUCUUUUUCUAUUCAAUUAAAUUUUUUUUCAAAGUUAAAAUAUUUAUUGACAUCUAUAAAAAAAAAACAAAACAAAUUAAUUAAAAAUAAAGAAAACAUAGUAAAAAGAAGAAUAAAUAGAUUAACAAACAAUGUUUUAUAUCUAGCUAGUCGAGUAUUUUAGUAUACUGAAUGUCUUACUUAGUUUGAUUCAGUGUCCAUUUACAUAAGAACGUGUUUUAUUAUAUUUUAAAUUGUAUUUAAUAUUUAUAUAUUUGAUUUAUUUUAAUAUAAACUUGAUAUUAAUUUUUGUUUAGAAACGAAGAAGCAAAAGCUGCUCGUUUAGCUCGAGAAAUUGAAAGUAAUCCAAAUUCUCAAAAUCGAGCUAAUUUAGAAAAUGGCGACGAAGAAGAACGGUAUGUAAACAUUUUGUAUUAACUAUUGGAAUUAUUAUUUUAUUUAGAUUAUAAAUAAAAAUAAGUAAAUUUGUAUAAUAAAUAUAAUAAAGACCAUAAAUUCCGCCAAGGAAAUUUAUCAAAAGUGUGAUUAUAAAAAAAAAAUAUAGUUAAGUAACGUAACAAUUAUAAAGCAACUGAUUGUCCCUAGGGUAGACUAGAACCAUGGUUUGGUAGGGAUGUUAGUAGCAGUUACUCUAUGUAGAGGUUUAAGAGUCUAGAAGUUUUUUCUAUUCCAGCUCCCAGACUUCAAAUUGAUUGACAAAGAAUUGAGGUUAGAUCAAAAUAAGGACACAAUAGGGGAACUGAUGGAUACACAUCAUAGGUAGAGCUGGCUAGGACAUCGGCACGUUCAUUUCUUGAGAUAGUGGAAUGUCCCAGAACCUAUAGGAGCGAUUCAAAUGUGAGGUUAGCUUUGAGAGAAUUGUGUGGAUUUUUAAAAUGGCCUGAGAACAAUGUGGGUUAAAAUUAUUACUAGAUAGGGCUAGAACUUUCAUUUAAUUUACCCUACACAGAGAUAAGAUAAAUACUGGGGAAUAUAGAGUAUAACUACAAACUGAUGUAUAAAAAAAAAAAAAAAUAUAUUUAUGUAGUAUCUUAUAGUAAAAAUUUUGGAAUUUUGAUAUUUUACAUCUGCAGUAACGCUGUUUGAGAUGUAAAGUUUGUUAUUUUUCUUGCUUUUUCAUAUAUUAUAUAGUGAACAAUUAAGAUAUUGAGGUCAGAAAUUAUGAUAUUGAAAAAUUAAAUACCUUAGUUGUUAUGGUAUAAUAUAAAAUUAUGUUUGAAAGUAUGUUUAAAAAAAAAGAAUAUUAAAUAACUUAUUUUUUCCACCAAGGUUUGCUUCUGUUUCAAGACCAUCUAAUGAAAUGUCCAACAAUCAUAAUGAUGGAAAAUAUAUGUCGGGUCGUCGUAAAGCUGGACCACAACAAUCAGCCAACAGUGCAUAUGGUUUGUUUAAUAGGAGCCGUAAACAUCCAGAGAAAUAUACUAAUAGUGGGUCUAAUGAGCGAUGGGAAUGUGUUUCUGGUCCAGGGACAAAAAAUAGUAACCAGAAUCGUGGACAUGGUCACCAGCAAAAUGGUAAUAACAAUGCUGCAAACAAAUCUACAUUGCCUCCUUAUCACAACAACGCUAAUCAAACAUAUGCAGCCAAUAGCCGUGAAUCACCAGUGUCUGUCAAUGGUCAAAGUGAUAAACGUUCAUCAGCUCCCAAUAAUAAUCGCAGAGAAACAUCUUCUGGACCUAGACAUGGUAUUUAAUUUUGUUUGAUUUGUCAUAUGUGAUAUAUUAUAUAAUGUUUAUAAAAUUUGUAUUCGUAUUUUAUUUAGUUUCUAGUAGAAAUUCUUCUAAUUAUUCUUCUAAUGACAAUCAAUCAUCACCUUCCUCAACUCGUUCUUCUCCUCCGACAGUGCAAGGACAUCAUAAUCAAAUAGUAAGCACACCUACUCCUAGAUAUCAAACAGCAACAACCUAUACACAACAGACAAAUACAACAAAUUCUCGUCCAAGUGUUAGUACAUCAUAUGCGGCAGUUGCUGACAAAUCUAUACCGAAAACACAGCCACCAACUGCAACUAUUAGAGGUAAUUGUUGUAGAUUUUGUAUUUUUCAUACAAUUUUACAUGCCAUCUAAAUACCUAGUACAUACAAAUUACAAAUGAACAAUUUAUGUAAUUAUUUUAUUUGAUUUAUAUGAUUUUUAUUUUUAUAUAUUAACAGUUAGAGAUGAAAGUCUUAAUUCUGAGCUCAAGCAAUUUAGUACAGACUUCCAAUUAAGUUUGGCAUCUCCACAAAAUGACCCUAGAGUUACUUCACCUGCAUCAGUUAUAUCUGAAAUACCUAUACAACAUUCUGCUCAAAUACCACAUUCCGAGCCAGUAUGUCCACCUGUACAAGAUGUACCACAAGUACAUGAAGAAUUGACUGAACCUUCAGCCUCGCCUCCACAAGCAAUAUAUAAGCUUCAAGAAGAGCACACUGAAACUAAUGUAGAAAACAUAAAAAAAGAUCAAAUUGAAAAACCCAUAGAGGAAAUUAUACCUCAAAUACCAGAUAAAUCUGUUGUACAGACAUCUAAGCUCAAUCCUAACGCCAAAGAAUUUGUCUUUAAUCCAAAUUCAAAGCCUUUUAUUCCAGUAAGUAAAAUUUAAAUUAAUAGUUUAAAUAAUUUUCUUAAAAUUAUAACUAAAUUAAAUUAAACAAUUUUAGCGGUCUCCAUCAACUCCUAAUUCAUCCAGACCAAUGACACCACAAACACCAACAACCAAUAUAGUUGCUACAUCUGGUCAGCAUCAACAAAUGAUUCAAGCCCAACAUGGACCAGCAAUCGCUAUUCCAGCUGCUUAUCACCACCAUCAUCAUCAGCAUGCACCUGGAACUGGACCCAUGGUUACACAUCAAACACCUCCUCACCCCCACCCUGCAUUUGCAAUGUUACCUACUGUGUUUGUUACUUCAAAUUCUGCAUUUAAUCACCAUCACUCUAUGCCUCCACAACCACCAAAUCAAGCUGGAAGAUUUCGUAAAAGUAAUAAUUUAAUUCCUGCGAAUAUAUAAAUAAUUAUUCAGAAAAGAAAAUAUUUUAUUUUAAAUAAUUUACUUUUAUUCAAUUAGUGGCAGUUGGAAUGUCUCAUAGAAGUGAUUUAGCUUCACAAAUACAAGUAGCUGCUGCAACUGGACAACCCCUUUUAGCACCAGCACCACUUCAAGCACAAUUUACUGUGCCCAGCUAUAAUCAACCUAUGCCUACACCUCAAACUUAUCAACAAGUUCAGGUAAAUAAUUAUUUUAAAAUUCUAUUGACUAUAGAUAAAUAUUCAUAGGAAAUAGUGAUGCAGUAUAUUCUUUAUAAUACAAAAUGAAGUAUUAAAUGUUGACGUGUACACAAUAAAUUCAAUUUUAUUUCAAUUAAAAUUUGAAUAAUUCACUUAAAUGUAAUUUUUAUGAAUGAAUGAUAAGAGAUAAUAAUUAAAAAAAAAAUUCAUGUUCCUAUAUUUUAUUUAGAUGGUUCGUAUGGUACCGCAGCAAGGUGGUGGUAUGGUACCCACAUUAGUUCCAACGUCAAUUAGCUAUCAUCCUGCUAAUGCAGGCCAGUUAAGUCAAAUGGAAAGUGGUGUACCACAAGGUCCUCCGUCAUAUCAUCACCAUCAUCAUCAUCAAGCAUCACAACACCAUAUAAUGAAUCAACUACAGACGGCACAGUCUCCAGCACCACAAUCCGGACCUCCACAAACACCCGGACAAUCACAAACUCCUGUUAAUUUCCAACAACCCCCACCACAACAAUCACAGCAACCUUUCCCAGCAGGCACUACAAUAAUGUGUCCUAUUUUACCAUCGCCUACUGCAUCACAACAGCCACCAGCACCUAAUACACCUGGUUCAGCACCUACAAUGCAACAACCUCCACCUCAGCAACAUCCCCAACAAUAUAUUUCUCAUCCCCAUCCACACCAUCAAACAACAUCUGCGCCAGCGCCGCAUGGGCAAUACCAAAUAUAUUCUACCAUUCGGGAAUCAUGA